AUGAGCAGAACAGAAGGACAGAUAGAGGAGAGAGGAUACUGGGGUAGUAAAGCAGAGUUUCUUCUGGCUGUAGCAGGAAAUGUAGUUGGUCUUGGUAACGUCUGGAGGUUUCCAUACCUCUGCUACAAAUACGGAGGAGGUGCAUUUCUGAUACCCUACCUGGUUUUUGUGGUUACCUGUGGGAUUCCUCUGUUCCUGCUAGAGACUGCAAUGGGACAGUACACCAGGGAAGGUGGAAUUACAUGUUGGCAUCGCCUCUGUCCUCUGGCUGUAGGUAUAGGUUAUGCUGGACAGAUAAUCAUGUUGUACAGCUGCAUGUAUUACAUCAUCAUUCUGGCCUGGGCACUUCUGUUCCUCUUCUUCUCUUUCAGUUCUCAACUGCCAUGGGCCAGCUGUGACAACAACUGGAAUACAGAUGGCUGUUUAAAUCUUGUUGCAAAGGAUUUUACUCUAAACAACACAACACAAAUUAAUUCAACCUCUCCAGCUACUGAAUUCUGGGAACGCAGAGUGCUGUCUCUCUCUGGUGGUAUUGAACACAUGGGUAAAAUCAACUGGGAGAUUCUUCUGUGUCUCAUUGCAAUGUGGAUCAUAUGUUAUUUCUGUAUCUGGAAAGGAGUAAAAUCUACAGGCAAGGUGGUGUAUUUUACAGCCACGUUUCCUUAUGUGAUGUUAGUGGUGUUGUUGAUUCGUGGACUGACUCUUCCUGGAGCCCUACAGGGGAUCAAGUUUUACCUGUACCCUGAACUGUCCCUUCUCUAUGACCCACAGGUUUGGAUGGAGGCUGGAGCACAGAUCUUCUACUCCUACAGUGUAUCUGUUGGCAUUCUCACUGUAUUAGGCAGCUACAAUAAAUACAAUAAUAACUGCUACAGGGACUGUCUUUGGCUUUCUCUACUGAACAGUGGCACAAGUUUUGUGGCUGGUUUUGCUGUGUUCUCAGUCCUGGGCUUCAUGGCCCAUCAGCAAAGCGUACCCAUUGAUAAGGUGGCAGAAUCAGGUCCAGGCCUAGCGUUUAUAGCUUAUCCACAAGCAGUAGCUAUGAUGCCUCUUCCCCAGUUUUGGGCUGUUUGUUUCUUCAUCAUGAUUAUUUUACUGGGUCUAGAUACACAGUUUGUAGGAAUUGAGGUUGUCAUGACGUCGAUGAUGGACCUGUUCCCUAUGGUGCUGCGCAAAACUGGACGCAGAGAAAUGUUUCUCCUCAUCUUCUGUCUCAUAUGCUUCUUUGGCCAACUUCUCAUGGUUACAGAGGGGGGGAUGUAUGUAUUCCAGUUGUUUGAUUACUAUGCCUGCAAUGGAGCCUGUCUUCUGUUCCUGUCUGUGUUUGAGUCUCUGGCCAUUGGUUGGAUAUUCGGUGCUGAGAGAAUGUUUGACAUUAUUGAAGACAUGACAAAGACACGACCCAACUACAUAUUUAUGCUGUGCUGGAAAUACCUGACUCCUCUUGUGUCCCUGGUGUCUCUUGUAUUUUCUCUGGUGCAGUACCAGCCCCUGACAUUUAACCGCUGGUAUGUGUAUCCGGACUGGGCAUAUGCACUUGGCUGGUUACUGUCCUUAUCCUCCAUUCUGCUGGUACCUGGAUGUGCACUGGGUCUACUAUUUGCUGAGAAAGGGGGCAUGAAACAGCGUUGGCAUCACCUGUGUAGUCCUGCAAAGAACCUCCCACUCACUUGUAAGCAACAAGCUGAAAAACAAAAAAUUAUCUUCACUUCAGAUACUGAAGAUGUAUUCAGGAAUAACACCAUAUAAACUUUUUCCACCUUUAACCAGUCCUGGAUGAAUCUUGCAUCUUCCAUAUGUAUUUCUUUCUGUCCUCUGAUGGAGUGUUGAACCUCUUUAU